AUGACGUCUCAGCUCGCUCUCCUCCAUCGCGGCUGCGGCGUAGCCACAGUUUCAGAAUGCGCGAUUCCGGUACCCGCCAAUGACGAAGUCGUCGUCAAAGUUGCUGCUGUGUGUCUGAACCCAAUUGAUUGGAAGAUACUCUACGGUGCUAAGUCGUCGGCACCGACUAUUCUUGGCUGUGACCUCGCUGGCACGGUAGCCUCUAUUGGCGAUGAGGUGACGGCAAUUGAGGUCGGCGAUCGUGUUAUUGGCUUUAUAGCAGGGGGCAACCCUUUGAGACCGAACGAUGGCGCUUUUGCCCAGUAUGUUGCUGUACCGGCCCACGUCGUCAUACAUAUUCCUCAGGAUAUGUCAUUUGAAAGCGGCGCAACUCUGCCAACCCCAGUUUUCGUCAGCGGAUUCUCUCUCUACAGGAAGCUAUCAGUUCCAUACCCAUCCCUUCCAAGUGAAGCGGUCAGCACGUCUACGACAGACAGUGAGAGUGGACGCCAAUCCAUCUUAAUUUACGGAGGCGGUACUUCAAACGGCGCAAUGCAAAUACAAUUAGCCAAAUUGUCGGGCUUGAUAGUAUACACCGUGUGCUCUCGAGCUAGCUAUGAAUUAGUGAAGCAGUGUGGCGCUGAUUGUAUCUUCUACCAUGAUGAGCCAUCUACUUUACAAGAUUUACGAAUUGCGACACAUGGCAAGAUACGGAUUGCAGUCGACUGUAUAGCAACGGAGCAAUCAGCUGCCAUUUGUGCUUCUAAUAUGGAAACCUAUGGAGGGGAGUAUAUCAGCUUUACGGGAGCUAGAAUUCGUGAUCCGCGCAUUACGACUGUCAACAUCUUUGGAUUCACAAUGCUGAACAGAGAAUUCUUUUUUGAAGCUAGAGGGCUUCGAGCAAAUGUGAAUGUUGCAGACGUAACUUUCACAACUAAUUUCGCGCGCCGUGCGGAGCGGCUCAUUGCGCUGAAUGCAAUUAAACCCAGCGCUGCGGAAGUUCGUCCUGGAGGGCUGGAUGGAAUCAUUUCUGGAUUAGAAGACAUGAAAGCUGGAAGAGUACGGGGGAAGAGACUUGUAUACAUUAUUGAUCCAAUUGAUCAAUGA